AUGAAAACCUGUUCUUCAAACAUAGUUAAUUUUGAGAUUUCCCAACCCAUUUCUGUCUCUCAGCAAACCAAAGUUGCAUCAAGCAUUGUACCUGGAUACAUCUCUGAAGAAAAUACAGCCACAAUUGAUAAUCAAACUGUGAAUGCCUUCAAUAAUGGUGACAACAAUAAUGAUCAGCCCAUGUAUGAUGCCAAUCUGAAUCAUGCCAUGAAUGACAUUCACGUCAAAACCUUUUCUCUGAUAUUUGAUUUCAGUCAACUAACUCCCAUUCCUAACAAUGACAAUGUAAAAAAUCUUGAGUUCAUUAAGAUAAUCAAGAAUUUUGGAAUUUCACAUGAAGCACAUGGAAUGAUUGCUUGUCAUUUCAACAAGAUUCUAGAGACAUCUAAUGACAUAACAUACAGAGCAUACUUUUCAUACCUUAGAGAUAAACUUCUUGAGAGAUUUUUUUCUUGUGUCCUAAUUGUGGUGGACCAUCAAACACCAUUUUCGAUUUCCAACUGA